AUGGUCAGUCUUGGAGGUCUGUUUGCAAAUAGACGGCGAACGUUAACCGUUGUUCUGGUUAUUGCAUCUAUAUUUGUUGCAUCAGGUGUUAUUGUCGGUCUGUUUUUAGGUUUAAGAAAGCCUUUUCCUGAUACUGACGAGUCGGUAUGCGGCUCGAGUCAUGAGACUUAUGUUAUAAAUGGUUCAUCUAUAUUGGGUAAAUACAAGCAAGCAGCUGUAGCUGUUGAUAAUGCGGAUUGUUCGAGAAUUGGACGAGAAAUUUUGCAAAAGGGCGGCAAAACCAUGGAUGCUGCACUUGCUGCAGCCAUAUGUAACGGUGUUUUGAAUGCACACUCAAUGGGUAUUGGUGGUGGAUGUGUGAUAACAGUGUAUUCGAAGAAAGAGAAUAAAGCAUAUAGUAUCGUUGGAAGAGAACGAGCACCACUCGCUGCUAAUUCAACCAUGUUUGUUGGUAGAGAAAAUAUGUCUGAAGCUGGUGGAUUGGCUAUAGGCGUACCAGGAGAAAUACGUGCGUACGAAUAUGCGCAUAAAAACUUCGGUGGAGGUGUAUCUUGGAAAGAGCUAUUUGAGCCAACCAUUCAGUUAUGUCGAAAUGGUUUUCUGAUUAGUACAGCACAAGGUUCAGCUAUUCAACAAUCAUCACGUGUCAUUCUCGCCGACAAUGCAUUGAGGGCGGUAUUUGUAAAAAAUGCGACUACCAACGAACUAUACAAAGCUGGCGAUUAUCUGAAAAGACCAAGACUAGCUAAUACAUUAGAAAUUAUUGCUAAUCAAGGUCCGGAUGCUUUUUAUACCGGUGUUCUAGCUGACAAAAUUGUCAAGGAAGUACGAGACAGAGGUGGAAUCUUUACGAAAGAGGAUCUAGCAACCUAUGCAGUCGAUGUUCGUGAUGCGUUGAGCGUCGAUCUUAAUGGUACAUACACUGCCUAUACAACACAUGCGCCAACAAGUGGACCAAUCCUGACUUUUAUUCUCAAUAUCCUCCAAGGUUACGACCUAUAUGAAGGGAGCGUCGAUCGAUCGUCGCCCUCUCCAUUAUUUUAUCACCGUCUUAUCGAGGCAUUUAAAUUUGCUUAUGCCAAGAGAAGUGAACUGGGUGACCCAUUGAAAAUCAAUAUUACUGAGCUCGUUCGUAAUUUAACAUCAAAAGAUUAUGCCGACAGUAUACGUGCAAAAAUCGAUGAUUCUAAGACGUUCGGUUUUCAGUAUUACGGUGGAACUUGGCUCGAUAGACUAACUAUCGGAACGGCUCAUCUAUCUGUUCUUGGACUCGAUGGUGAUGCUGUUGCGUUAACAUCCACUGUAAAUCUUUAUUACGGUUCGAAAGUUCUUGGGCCUGAAACUGAUAUUGUUUACAAUGAUGAGAUGGAUGAUUUCUCUACUCCAAAUACUACGAACUAUUUCGGUGUACCAGCAAGUCCUGCUAAUUACAUUGAAGCAGGAAAACGGCCUGUGUCCUCAAUGGCGCCAUUGAUCAUCAUCGACAAACGCAACCAACAAAUUCAACAAGUUCUGGGCGCUAGUGGUGGUACAAGAAUAACUACGAGUAUUGCACAAGUUGCUCUGCUGAAUUUAUGGUUUAACGAGGACAUUAAAAAAGCAAUUGAUUCCCCGCGCCUUCAUUCACAAUUACUGCCACAAGAAGUGAUAGCUGAGCGUGGUUUUGACUAUGAUAUUUUACAAAAGUUAAAGCAACGCGGACACAAUAUAACAUGCGGCGCGUUUGGUGGUUCCACAAUUCAAGGUAUCGAAUGGCGUGAAGAAGCCAAGCAGUACUGGGCCAACUGUGAUAUACGCAAAGGUGGCGCACCCGAUGGAAUUAAUUGA